UCCCACCGUAUUAAUCAUCGAUUUCAUCACACCGGGAAUCUCCCCCACCGUCCACUUUCAUCCCAUCCUCUCCUCAUAUAAAAACUCAUAUUAUUCCCAAUUUAUAUUUUUUUAAUUAAUUUAUUAUAUCAUCAUAUAAUAAUAAAAUAUUCACAUUUCCGAGCAAACCCAAUUAUUCCCAAGCAAUAAAAAAAAAUAAAAAAAUCCGGCCACAUAGUAUAUUAGUAUUUUCCAUGGAUGUUUCCGUCGCCGGUGCCAUAACCGCCGCCGCCGCCGCCGCCGCUUGCUCUUGUCGUUCAACCGUACGCCGUUGUUUGUCUUCCUGUGUUUGCCGUCGACUCCGUUGAUUCUCUCAGCUUCGUCGGAUUUUUUUUUUCUCUCUCUAGGUUUUAUUUCUGUUGGUAAGAGAGAGCUAAAAUCAGCUGUUUGCCCUUUCUUCUGUUGGUUGUGAGAAAUGGAUUUGACUCAACCGCCGGGGAAUGGCGGUCUAUCGUUAGGGUUUCUAUCUCACGUUUCGUCGCCGCCGCCGUUGAAUAACAACAGGGGUGCGAGGAUCGCCGACGAUUCGAUUUCAUUCCAGAUCGAGUCGAGGUCUCGAGAACCUUCCCACCCUCCGCCGUCGACUCCACUCCAAUUGAUGGACCAGCAAACGGAGAAUCGCCACCGUGAGGAGGCGGACGAGGAAGCAUACGUGGAAGAGGAGUUUCGAAUUUUAGGUCACUCCAUGACUCUAAAGCGGAGGCGCGACGCCGAUUCAGUCUCCUCCUCCUCCACCACCGUGACGUCAUGUUCCUCCUCAAAGGGAGUUAGGGUUUCUUCGAAGGAGAUUGAGUCACGGAGGAACGCAGUCAGGCUAUGGGGGAACCAAACCCUUCAAAAUGCCGAUCCAGAUAUUUUCAAAAUCAUGGAGAACGAGAAGCAGAGGCAGUUCAAAGGAAUCGAAUUAAUCGCCUCGGAGAAUUUCGUUUGCAAAGCUGUGAUGGAGGCAUUAGGAAGCCAUUUAACUAAUAAAUACUCUGAAGGUAUGCCCGGUGCCCGAUACUACGGUGGAAAUCAUUACAUAGAUCAGAUUGAAUCUCUCUGUUGCGAGCGCGCACUAGCUGCUUUCAGCCUCGAUUCCGAUAGCUGGGGUGUGAAUGUACAGCCUUACUCGUGUACGUCUGCCAAUUUCGCUGUAUAUACUGGGAUUUUGCUGCCAGGAGAUAGGAUAAUGGGGUUGGACACACCCUCUGGAGGGAAUACGAGCCAUGGUUGUUAUUUGCCCAAUGGGAGGAAAGUUUCGGGUGCAUCUAUAUUCUUUGAGAGUCUACCGUAUAAGGUGAACCCUCAGACGGGGUAUGUGGACUAUGAUAAGCUUGAGGAGAAGGCUCUCGAUUUCCGCCCCAAGAUAUUGAUUUGUGGUGGGAGUUCGUAUCCUCGGGAGUGGGAUUACGCAAGAUUUAGACAGAUAGCGGACAAGUGUGGUGCGGUUUUGCUUUGUGACAUGGCUCAGACUAGCGGACUUAUUGCUGCGAAGGAGUGUGCAAGCCCUUUUGACUAUUGUGAUAUUGUUACCUCAACAACGCACAAGAGUCUUCGAGGUCCUAGGGGAGGAAUUAUUUUUUUCAGGAAGGGUCAAAAGCCGAAGAAGAGAGGCAUGCUGUUGACUCAAGGAGAUGCCAGUGAUCGAUACGAUUUUGAGGAAAAAAUAAAUUUUGCUGUUUUCCCAGCAUUGCAGGGUGGCCCACACAAUAAUCACAUUGCGGCAUUGGCAAUAGCACUGAAGCAAGUGGCUAGUCCUGAGUACAAGACUUAUAUGCAACAUGUUAAGAGAAAUGCUCAGGCUUUAGCAUCGGCUUUACUAAGAAGAAAUUGCAGAUUGGUUACUGGAGGCACCGAUAAUCAUCUCUUACUUUGGGAUCUAAGAAAUCUUGGAUUGACAGGUAAAAAUUUGGAGAAGGUUUGCGAGUUGUGUUACAUUACUCUCAAUAAAGUCACAAUAUUUGAUGACAAUGGCAAUAUAACUCCGGGAGGCGUAAGGAUUGGUACGCCUGCAAUGACAACGAGAGGCUGUGUCGAGGCUGAUUUUGAGACGAUGGCUGAAUUUCUUCUUAGAGCUGCUCAGAUUGCAAGUACCGUGCAGAGAGAACACGGCAAAGUGCCGAAAUCAUUCUUAAAGGGGCUUGAGAACAACAAAGAAAUUGUCGAACUCCGUGCACGAGUAGAAAGCUUCAGUUCACAGUUCGCCAUGCCGGGAAUUGAUGGAUAAUUUUUUGCCGUGGAGGUUUUGGAAAAGAAAUACUUCCGCUCGAAAAAACACCAUAGUGAAGUAUUGUUGUCUUGUCUAUUUAGGUGAUUAGGGUUCAUAUUUUAUGUUAGAGGUGAAUUUGUG